GUACGGGUACAUGUUCGGCCGAUCAUGACCUACGCCUCCGUCCUCCUUCAAACGCGAGGGAGAGUCAGAGAGGGGAUGGGUGCCGAGGAGGAAGGAAGCGCGGAAGAGGGCAGAAGGGAGACAGGCCCUCAGCCUACCAUUACCCAAGCUCAAUUUCUGUCGUGGAAGCGCCGAAAGGAUGCUGAUGCUGCAGCAAAACAAGUUGAAGCUGCCCGUAAGCGUGCAGAAGACAUAGCAGCAGGAAGAGUACAAAUGAAUGGUCGCGAGCUCUUCCUGCAUGAACCUUGGGUGUUUGAUGAAUCCCGUUUCAUUUGACUUGGUCAGACAUAAAUGUCAUAGCGACGUUAUUAUGUAGCUGCUUCUGCGUCAAAAUAGAAUUAACGUUGAGAGCUUGAAUAUGUUACCGUUGAUUUUUUA